AUGGCGAGCCUGCCGUGGGACGACGACACCGACGACGGGCGCGUCAUCGCGGCCGCGGUGACGACGCGGCGAAAGCCGCGGAAGCCCGCGGCGGCGGCGCGCCUCGCCGCGCCGCAGCCGCGCGCGUGCUACACGGACUCUGGGACGAUGCAGAACUGCCGCCUGCGCGAGGUCGCGGAGCUGCCGGCGUGCUUCCGCCCCGUCUUCUCCGAGUUCCGCUACUUCAACGGCGUGCAGAGCGACAUGCUCGACUUCGUCCUCUCGAGCUCGCGGUCGUUCGUCCUGAGCGCGCCCACGGGCAGCGGCAAGAGCGUCCUCCUCGAGCUCGCCAUCGUCCAGAUGCUCCUCGCGCGCGUCGACCGCGCGAGCGGAACGUUCGAGCACCGACCCGGCGAGCUCAAGGCGAUAUACAUGGCCCCGAUCAAAGCGCUCGUUCAGGAGAAAAAAGAGGAAUGGAUCUCGCGGUUCUCCCCGCUCGGCAUCACGUGCAAGGACAUGACCGGCGACACGGACUUCACCGAGUCCACGUUCAAGGACCUCAACACCGUGGACGUCCUCCUCACGACGCCGGAAAAAUUCGACGCGAUGACGCGAAAGAACAAAGACCGCGGCGGGAUGUCCUUCUUCGCGGACUGCGCGCUCGUGAUGAUCGACGAGGUGCACCUCCUCGGCGACGAGCGCGGCGGCGCGCUCGAAGCGGUCGUGUCGCGCUUCAAGGUCCUCAGAGAGCGCCCGGACAUGCGACAGAAGCCGUUAGGGAACGUUCGCUUCGUCGCGUGCAGCGCGACGGUGCCGAACCUCGACGACGUCGGCGACUGGCUCGGCGCGCCGAAACCGGAGGGAAGGUUCGCGUUCGGGGAGGAGUACCGCCCGGUGAAACUGCGCACGACGGUGAUCGGAUACGACCCCGCGAAGAACGAGUUCAUGUUCGAUAAGAGGCUGAACGAGAAGCUGUUCGACGUCGUCGCGUCGCACAGCGACGGGAAGCCGACGCUCGUGUUUUGCAACUCUCGCGCCGGCUGCGUGCACGCGGCGAGGGAGCUGAUGCAGAAAGCGGCGUCGUUCCGCGGCGGGCACCCGUUCGUGCGGGACGCGGUGCAUAAGCGGCAGCUCAAAGAGGCGGCGUCGAGGGCGGUGAACAAGCAGCUGCAGCAGGUGAUCCCGCACGGGGUCGGGUUUCACAGCGCCGGGCUCGAGGUCGUGACCGUGCUGUGCUGCACGUCCACGCUCGCGAUGGGGGUGAACCUCCCGGCGUUUCUGUGCGUGAUUCGAGGCACGCGGCAGUACGCCGGAGGCGGGGAGUACCGCGAGAUGCCGCGGUCGGAGAUUCUGCAGAUGUGCGGCCGCGCCGGGCGCCCGCAGUUCGACGCGGAGGGCCGCGCGGUGAUCAUGACGCAGCGACACACGCAGAGCGCAUACCAAGGCCUCGUGCACGGGACGGACCCGAUCGAGAGCAACCUCGGGCGCCACCUCUCCGAGCACAUCAACGCGGAGAUCGCGUCCGGGGUCGUCAAGGACACCGCGACCGCCGCGCACUGGCUGCGGCACUCGUACUUUUUCAUUCGCGCGAAGAAAAACCCGCGGCACUACGGCGUCGAGACGGGGACGUCCGCGGAGGAAGCGAUCGAAGCUCUCGCGCUGCGCGUCAUCGACGAGCUCGCGGACGCGGGGAUGUGCGACCUUCGCGACGGCGGCGCGCUCGUCCUCCCCGCGCAGGGCGGGAUCAUCAUGUCCGACAUGUACGUGCGGUUCAACACGAUGCGGCGGCUGAUGACCGUGAACCAGGGCGCGAAGGUCCCGGACCUCCUCCUCGCGAUGUCUCACGCGCAGGAAUUUGAGGGGAUUAAACUCCGCAAAGACGAGAAGAAGACGCUGAAGGAGUGGAACGUCUCCGAAGAGCCGAUCGUCAGGUACAAGGUCAUGGAGGCGAAAGGCAAGAGCGGGAAGCUCGCGGUCUCGAAAGUGAUUCGCACCGCCGCGGAGAAGAUCUUCGUCAUGACGCAAGAGCACAUGUGCGACGAGUUCGACGUCGACUUGCCGGCGUCGAUGCGCAUGGAGCUCGAGCUCGUGUUCUCGAACGGGCGGCGCAUAAUGCGCGGGGCGGCGAGGUACUACUCGACGAUCACCGAGGGCGGGUUCGCCGCGUGCGUCAACGCGCUUCGGCUCGCCAAGUCGUUAGAGCUGCGGAUGUGGGACGACACGAGAUACCCGAUGAAGCAAAUCGCCGGCUGCGGGAAGAAAUCCGUCCGCGCGCUCGCCGCGAACGGCGUCGUAUCCCUGGACGACGUCGUGGCCGCGGACCCGCGCGCGUUAGAGCGGUACGUCAACCGCGCGUUUCCUCACGGGAACCACCUCGUCAGCGAGGUUCUGAAACUCCCGUGCAAGAUGCUCGUGACCGUCGCGGUGAAGGAGUCGUGGGACCGCGGGGCCGUCGCGCACGUCGCGAUUCAGCGCGCGUGUACCCCGCGCGCCGGCGCCGCGGCGACGAACGUGCCCGGGGACGAGUGCGAUAAUGAGAACGAGAACGUCGCCGUCACCGCGCUCGAGGACGAGGGCGACGACGCUCUCGACGCGCCGUCGCCGUCGCCGCCGACGCGGUCGUCUGGCGCCGCCGGCGCGGCGGCCGGAUCCUCGCGAUGGAGCGCGCAGCUCGUCGUCGGGACCACCUGGGGCGAUACCCUGUUGCACAACGAGCGCAUCUCGCAGGACGGCGGCGCCGCGUCCGUGGAGAACGGCAUCCCGAUCGAGCGCGUCGUGCCGUGCGGCGUCGUGCCGCGACCGGGGGAGGAGUACCAGAUCGCCGCGCGGCUGAUCUUCGAGAAGUGCGUCGGCAGAGACGUCGCCGGGUCCGUGAAAGUCGUCGUCCCGCGGUACGGGAGACACGCGCCGCUGAGCGCGACGCAGCCGUCCGAGGCGUCUCCACCGCGCGCGCUGUCCGGCGGGCGCCUCACGCCGCAGCAGUCCACGCCGCCGAGCAGCCUCGGGAAGUUGCGCCAGCGCGGCCUGGACGCUUGGCUCGGCGGAAGCGGGACGCCCGGCGGCGGAAAGGAAAACCGCGAGGACGGCGGCGACGCGGCGGCGACGCUCGCGGCGGCUCGACCGGCGGCGGCGACGGCGACCGCGGUCGCGUGGACCGAGCCGACGAUCACGGCGCCGCCGCCUCGAUUCUCGAUGGGGAGGAUCUCGCCGCGCGCGCGCCCCGCGAACGUCGAGAACGACGUCGACGACGCGGGAUGGGGCGGCGGCGACGGCGGAGACAGCCCGGUCGGCGGCGAAGGCGGCGGCUGGGGCGACGACGGCGACGACGUCGUCGACGACGCGGACGUCGUCGGGGGCUGGGGGAACCCCACGUCCAUCGUUGAUCUCACGACCGAGCCGCCGACGUCGUCUGGCGUCGUCAUCGACGAGCCGAGCGCGUCGAACAAGAAGCCGCGCGUGGGGUCGGGGACGAGCGCGGUUCCCGUUCCCGUUCCCGUCGUCGCCGCCGCCGCCACCGCCGCCGCUCCGAGCGUCCCUCCGGCGACGCCGCCCGCGCCGACGAAGGCGUUCCGCGACGACGCGUGCGGGAUGGAGAUGGACCUCGACUUCGACGACUGGUGA